AUGGUAUCCAUCAAGAUUCUUUUCUCGUUUGUUUUGGUGUUUCUAGCACACUCUUCACCCCAAUUUGCUUGUUUAUCCAAAACCAUUUCUUUGGCCUCUGCUGCCAGCAUAGUUACUGCUCGUGAUCAAGCUGCAGCUGAGAAGGGUGGCAGCUUGAAUCAAAUACUAAGAAAUGAUACAGAAGCAGCUGCAUUUGACUGGGAAAAGAGGGUGAAUGUUGUUAAAGGUGUGGCCAAUGCUUUAUCCUAUAUGCAUCAUGGUUGUUCACCUCCCAUAAUUCAUUGUGAUAUAUCGAGCAAUAAUGUUCUUUUGGAUUCACAAUAUGAAGCUCAUGUCUCUGAUUUUUGGACAGUUAAGAUUCUGAAGCCUGGUUCACACACUUGGACCGAGUUUGCAGGCACUUUUGGGUAUGCAGCUCCAGAACUUGCCCAGACUAUGGAAGUGACUGAGAAAUGUGAUGUGUUCAGUUUUGGCGUGCUUUCUUUGGAAGUCAUCAUGGGGAAGCAUCCAGGAAAUUUCAUUUCUUCAUUGUUAUCUUCACCUUCAGCAAAAAUAGCUUAUAAUUGGCCACUAAUUGAUGUUUUAGACGAAAGACCUCCUCAACCUCCAAAAAAAUCAAUUGUUGGGGAUGUCAUUUUGGUUGCAAGCUUGGCAGUUUCUUGCUUGAGUGAAACUUCAAGUUCUCGUCCAACCAUGGAAGUGUCUAAAAUGCUUAUGACAGGGAAAUCACCUUUAGCAGACCAGUUCCCUAUGAUUAGACUUGGGCAACUCCUGUAUCACUGA